AUGUCUGCCGCAAGCUUCUUCGCAACACUGUCACUUAUCGCCAGCCUUCUCUCCUCGCGGUCAAGAGCUUCUCAGCUCGUUCCCGCCCUUUACGUAUUCGGAGACUCGUCGGUGGAUGCUGGUAACAAUGACUACAUUGGAACGGUUGUGAGGGCCGACUUCCCUCCUUAUGGGAGAGACUUCGACUCCCACAAGGCGACCGGACGAUUUUCCAAUGGUCGCGUUUCGAGUGACUACCUGGCUAGCCUGCUUGGUUUGCCACUUCCUCCGCCGUACUUGGAUCCCUCGGCCAAGGGAAGCAAAAUCAUCCAAGGUGUUAACUUUGCAACAGCUGGUUCUGGUCUGUACGAGAAGACGGCGGCACUGCUCAAGCUGGUACAACUUGUUGGCCAAAACAAAACAGCGUUUAUCCUUUCCAAGGCGUUUAUUGUUCUUAGUUCCGGAAGCAAUGACUACAUCAACAACUAUUACUUCGAUCCAGCGCUGCGGGUAAAGUAUACCAAGGAUGCAUUUCGUCAAGUUCUCAUAUUUUCUGUCGAGAACUUUGUCAAGGCCUUAUACCACUGGGAUGCAUCCCGUCACAAGUCACGCUCUACGGGAAGGGCCAACUCAAGUGUUCCGAGUUUGAGAACCAGGACGCUCGUCUUCACAACCAAGCGUUAA